AUCUGUGGCCCGGUGAGGAGAGUAGUCGUUUAGUUCGUUGUUGGCUGGAAAAGUUUGAUCCACGACGAAUCGUUCGGCAAGAGCUUCAACAAAAUGGAUUCGCCGCCCAGCAAGCAGCAGCAACAGCCGGGAAAACUUUCCGUAAAUUUUCCCGGUGGAAAAGUUUCGCCACUGCUGCUUUUGCUCGCUUUUUUGCUGCUCCAAAUCGCCCAUGUGGAUCGUGGUGCCCUGGCCGCCGGAGAAAUCGAGGUACCGGAUUACGUUCGGAGGCCGGCGAAAAUAUUGCACAACAUUUGCCUGGCUGAAUCGGGUGCCUCCGAGGAGCUACUGAUGCAGUGCAUGGACGGAUCCUUGCAUCAGGAUCGAGCCGUCAAGUGCUACAUCUACUGUCUUUUUGACAAAAUCGACGUCAUUGACGAGGCCACCAACAGGAUCAUGCUGGACCGGUUGGCCCCGUUGUCUCCGGAUGCCGAUAUAAAGAAUUUGCUGCACCAAUUGACCACCUCCUGUGGCCAUAUGAAACUGGAAGACUCUUGCGACGCAGCGUUUGAAGUGGCGAAAUGUUACUUUUCGGCUCAUGAUCAAGUGGUCAGAUUUUGUCACAUUUUGAUGGCGGACAUAACUAACUAACUAUUUGGAACGAUUAUUUAUGUGUGGCUACAAUCAUGUAGUUUUAGAGACGAAAAUCGCAACCCGAAGCCUAAGUACAGGAAUAUAACCCAGCAUUUUGCACCAAUUUCAAUAAACUAAUCGCGGCAAUGGCCGGAAG